AUGACUGCUAUUGCAAAUAACAACGUGGUUUCUUUCCACUAUACGCUGACUAACGCUGAGGGUGAAACUCUCGAUAAAUCACAAGGUGAACCACUUGCAUAUUUACAUGGCGCAGGUAACAUCAUUCCUGGUUUAGAAAAAGCUUUAGAAGUCACUAUCCCAGCUGCUGAAGGUUAUGGCGAAUAUAACCCUGACCUCGUUCAAGAAGUUCCUGCUCAAAUGUUCCAAGGUGUUGAGAACAUUGAAGCUGGUAUGCAGUUCCAAGCUCAAACUGAUGAUGGUGUUCAAAUCGUUACUGUUAAAGCAAUCGAAGGUGACAACAUCAUCGUUGAUGCUAACUUCCCAUUAGCUGGCCAAGAUCUUACUUUUGAAGUUGAAAUCGCAGAAGUUCGUGAUGCUUCUCCAGAAGAAUUAGAGCACGGUCAUGUACACGGUGCAGGUGGUCAUCACCACUAA